CAGUAGCGUUAUUUUUUUGUUAGAGAACCUGCUUAAUACAACUGUCAAAAAAUGAUAAGGCGAUGUUGAAAGCUCCAAACGUCUUUGAAGUAUAUAUAUUUCUGUUACAGCCCGAUUAUAAUUGUAUGUAAUUGAGUUUUUUUGUGAUCACUCGGGCAAAUACAUCCAAUAAGGUUUUCGAAACAUGUCACAUGUAGCCGAAGUUAAAGUUCUUGUUUCUAGGUUAUUUUCUAUGAAAAAUGGGCUUUUGAAAUCUGGUGUAAGAAGUUUCAGUCAGGAUGUGGACAAAUCAGCUCAAGCCCUGGCUAAGAACAGUGUUACACCACUGCCACCACUGUCAGAUCCUAUGCCAAACCUCCCACCUGUUUUAUAUUCCACUGGAAAAGCAGAGGACUGUGUAACUGAGGUCACAACCCUGAGCAAUGGGCUUCGAGUUGCAUCAGAGAAAAAGUUUGGCCAGUUUUGUACUGCGGGUGUGGUUAUUGAUUCCGGUCCACGAUAUGAAGUUGCAUACCCAAAUGGCAUUUGUCACUUUCUGGAAAAGUUAAGUUUUGGUGCAACACAUAAAUUCGCAACCCGUGAUGUGAUGCUGCGAGAGUUAGAGAGGCAUGGUGGCAUCUGUGACUGCCAAGGGUCUCGUGACACUACAGUAUAUGCAACUAGCGCCGAUUCUAGAGGCCUUGAGGCUGUUACACAAGUACUAGCAGAAGUGACAUUAAGGCCACGGCUGUCUACUGAAGAAAUUGAAGCUGCCAGACAAGCAGUAGCAUUUGAAUUGGAAACUCUUGCUAUGAGGCCGGAGCAAGAAACUAUACUUAUGGACAUGAUACAUUCGGCCGCAUAUAAGGGCAACACACUCGGUCUCCCAAAGAUUUGCCCCAAGGAGAAUGUGAACAAAAUAGAUCGUGGCAUUAUACUGAAUUAUUUGAAGAACCACUACACGCCAAAUCGGAUGGUGGUUGCGGCUGUUGGCGUCGACCAUGAGCCUUUCGUAGAAUUUGUACAGAAGUAUUUUGUGGACAUGAAACCCACGUGGCAUGGUGAGGACAGCGACACGUUCACACCACUAGUCGACAAGUCCGUGGCUCAGUAUACCGGCGGUAUGGAACAGGAAGAAUGUGAAAUACCACUCUACCCUGGAUCUGACUUACCAGAGCUAUCUCACGUUGUUAUUGGAUUAGAAAGUUGCUCGCAUGGAGACCCAGACUUCGUGACGACGUGCGUGCUGAACAUGAUGAUGGGCGGCGGCGGCUCUUUCUCCGCCGGCGGCCCUGGUAAGGGCAUGUACACACGCCUCUACACCAACGUGCUUAAUAGAUAUCACUGGAUGUUCAACGCGACGGCGUACAACCACGCGUACGGCGACACCGGCGUGUUCUGCGUCCACUCGGCGUCGCCGCCCAACCGCAUCUACGACACCGCGGUCGUGAUCGCGCGCGAGCUCGCCAACAUGGCCGGCAAGGUCGGCGAGACGGAGCUGAGGCGAGCCAAGACCCAGUUGCAGUCGAUGCUGCUCAUGAACCUGGAGGCCAGGCCGGUGGUGUUCGAGGACGUCGGGCGACAAGUGCUCGCGACCGGGAAGAGGAAGCCGCCGUCCUUCUUUAUCGAUGAAAUUGAAAAAGUGUCAGCCGACGACAUCGUGCGCGUGGCCCGUCGCAUGCUGGGCGCGCGGCCGUCGGUGGCGGCGCGCGGGCGCCUCGCGCACCUGCCCUCCUUCGACGAGAUCUGCGCCAACAUGGCGCUCACCACCGACUCCUCGCCCCAGGGCCGGCGGCUCAACCUCUUCAGAGCUUGAUCGACUGAUUACACCGCCGUUACGGCGCCAAAUGGCUAAAUUAGGCAGGUUUCAGUGCGACGACAAUCAGACCUUUCUAUAAAAAGCGUAUCAGUUUUCUUUCUACUUAGAAUCAUUAGCUCCUUUGUUCUUGAUAGAAGAUAAAAAAUGUUUAAUUUAAAAGAAGUAAAAAUGCAUACAGUUUUCGUAUUGAAAUGAGUUUUACCCUUGUAAAGCUUCUUAUUAUGAGUAGAAAAAAGGGGUACGAUUUAUUACAGCAUAAAGAUAACUGUCGAACUUAGAGAUGCGGAUUUCCCAUGUCACAUGAAAUCAGCUAAGUCUUCGCACAUAAAUACCACCGUGCCGAUGUCUAUCACACUAAACUAAUCCCUAUUAUACAUCUUAAAUCCUGCAGAAUUAGGACAAUGAAUAUUGCAUUUAUUAGUUGCACCACCUGAAGCUGGGAUAAAUUCUUCAAAAUCGUAGCUGUUCAGAGUCAAUUACGGAACCUUUUAUUACAAUUCACGGAUCAAAUCAACCUUGAGUAUGAUUUUUUUUUCGUUUGACAUAUCAAUUUACGUAGUCAGAGAACUGUUUGAUUAAUAAUUAACGUAAAUGAACACUUACCAACUAGUUGUGAGUAAACAACAUCUGAAAAUUUGCAAGUCGAUCUUAUUAUUCCUAAUAAAAAAUCCGUGUAUAAUAUUCCUAAUCUUGCUUUAUGCUAAUGUAAAUAAUUGUAAUCCAGUUCAGUCUCGAAAGGUCGGAACACUACAAAUGGUGUGUAUUCUAUCUCUUAGUUGGUUGAAGAGUUGGUAAUACGAUUACUUAGCAGAGCACAGGACACCAUUCAGUAAAAGUUUCUGUAAUAUUUAUUUUGUCCCAGUAAUUUAAACUAUGAUAAAUUUGACCCUGGUCACCAGAGCGGCUUCGGCUAUUCGUUACGCAUUAGUAGUUACUAUAGAAAUUUCAUAAUACAUAUUUAGAUUUUGUUGUAAAAUUUAACUAUAAUCGUAUUUGUUUAAUAAAAUGUAUGUUACAUCAAAA